UCAUCCUUAAUUUGUAACUGGGCAGUGUCCUGGGCCAGCCAAUAGCCAAGACCGACCCCAGCACGCACCCCACCUCCCUGACCCUGCGGGACUAUCCACUCAGUCCGCCCUGAAGCUGCCCAGCGACCAGGAGUUUGGAGCAGGUCCGGGUUGACGCCGCCGCCCAGAUGGCCUCCAGGCUGACCUCGCUGACCCUCCUGCUGCUGCUGGCUGGGGUGAGAGCCUUCUCAGAUCUGAAGGAUACUAGCCACAACCCCACAGCAGAGAGCUGGGGAAAAGAAUACGAAUACAUCCUGGAGGAAGUGGACCUCACGGAUCUAUCCACUCAGCACACUGAGAACUCUUCCACCUUGUUGAAAACCAGCUCAACCGUUGAAACAGCCAAUACUGCUUUUGAAGCCACCACUCAGGCCAUCACCGAGUCCACUACCCAGCCCACUACUGAGCCUAGUACCGAGCCCACUACCCAGCCCACUACCGCACCCGUCUGUCCGGGGCCUGACACUUCCUGCCCUGACUUGGAGAGUCAGGCGGCAGAGUCCAAGUUGGGAGAGGCUUUGAUGGACUUCUCCGUGAAGCUCUACCAUGCCUUCUCAGCGAUGAAGAAGGUGGAGACCAACAUGGCUUUUUCUCCAUUCAGCAUUGCCAGCCUCCUAACUCAGGUCCUGCUUGGCGCUGGGGACAGCACCAAGAGAAACCUGGAGAGCCUCCUUUCCUACCCCGAGGACUUUGCUUGUGUCCACCAGGCCCUGAAGGCCUUCACAUCCAAAGGCUUCACCUCAUUCUCUCAGAUCUUCCACAGCCCGGACCUGGCCAUAAAGGACACCUUUGUGAAUGCCUCUCAGAACCUGUAUGGCAGCAGCCCCACAGUCCUGGGGAAUGACAGUGAUGUCAAUACGGAGCUCAUCAACAGCUGGGUGGCAGAGAAGACCAACCACAAGAUCACACAGCUGCUAGACAGCCUGCCCUCUGACACGCGCCUUGUCUUCCUCAACGCCGUCUACCUGAAUGCCAAGUGGAAGAAAACAUUUGAUCCAAAAAGAACCACGAUGGAGCCCUUUUACCUCAAAUCCUCUGUGAUAAAAGCGUCGACAAUGAGCAGCAAGAAAUAUCCCGUGGCCCAUUUCACUGACCCAACUUUGAAGGCCAAGGUGGGGCAGCUGCAGCUCUCCCACAACCUCAGCUUGGUGAUCCUGGUGCCCCAGAACACGAAGUACCAUCUUGAAGACCUGGAGCAGGCUCUCAGCCCCACUGUCUUCAAGGCUGUCAUGAAGAAGCUGGAGAUGACCAAAUUCCAGCCCACUCUCCUGUCGAUGCCCCGCAUCAAAGUGACAAGCAAGCAAGACAUGCUGACGGUCAUGGAGAACCUGAAAUUCUUUGACUUUAUUUACGACCUCAACCUGUGUGGGCUGACAGAGGACACGGACCUUCAGGUUUCUGCGAUGCAGCACCAGGCCGUGCUGGAGCUGACGGAGACGGGGGUGGAGGCGGCUGCGGCCUCGGCUGUUUCCGUGGCCCGCAAUUUGCUAGUCUUCGAAGUGCAGCAGCCCUUCCUCUUCCUGAUCUGGGACCAGCAACACAAAUUCCCUGUCUUCAUGGGGCGGGUGUACGACCCCAGGAUCUGAGACAUGCAGGGCACCAGGCCAAGGCAAGCCUUACCCCUCCAGCCUCCGCCCUUCCAGCGACAGCCCUGCUGCUGCCUGUCUGGACUGGCCUCCAGCCACCUCCCACCUCGUGUGUUCCCUGCCUCCGUGUGAAGGGCACCCUCGGGAUGCGCUGAAGAGAACCAUUUCUAUUGUCCCUUCCCCACGGCUCCCCAGAACUCUUUCCUGCAGCUUCCUCUGGCUCAAGUUUACCAGACUCUACAAAUAAAACCUGGCAGACCAUGA